AGCCUGGUUUGGGAGCUCUGCUGACACGAGGAGCCCUCGGAGUGGCGGGAGGAAGAACAGCCUGACCCAGGUGGGCUCCCAGCACGUGCUCCCGGGUGCCUGAGCGUGGGCUGAGGCUCUGCCACUCCACACACCUACUUCCUGCAAUCCUGGCAAUUACCAAUAGAGUAAAACCCAUUUCUGACGUGGCUGACUCAGCAAGGGCUUGGCUCAAAACAAACACAACCACGCAAGGAGCCGCUGAAGCAGCGCCGGGUGGCACAUGAAGGGACGGCGGCGGCAGCGCUGCGGAGUUUUGGCACUCUGGGUCCAACCUGGCUGAAUUCCUGGACUCCUGGCUCAGCUCUCCCUGGACUUGAUGCUUCAUCCUGGUGAGCGUGGCAGGCCCAGCUCUCCGAGUGCUCCAGCAGCUUCUCCUCUCCUGGACUGCGGGCCGCUCCAACAGGGCCUCCGGGAACGGGGCAGGAAGAGGCUGUUCCUGUUGCGUGGCUCUCUGCUGAUCCCGUCUGUGAGGAGUCAGCGUUCCUGCUCCUCGCUGCCCUCCCUCAGCAUGGAUACUUGGCGCAGGGGCUCCAUCAAGUCCACCACCUUCUUCCGACGCUUCUCCCUCAGGAGGCACAAAAAGCUGGGCAACCAAGUCAUCAUCCUGAACCAGAACAGCCACACUCUGGACACGGACGGCCAGAAGAGGGAAUGCUUGAGGGACAAGUCUGAGUACCUGUCCUGUCAGAGCGAGCAGAACCUGGCCAAGGCACAAGCCCCUCCCAAGCCUCCCCGGCUGUACCUGGACAGUUCCAGCUGCCCCAACAUCAUCGACCACACGGAUUCCCACUCCGACCUCUCCUUUUCCGACUCUGCUCCGUACCACAAAGCCACCCCAACGCACAAGGACCAGGCUACGGAGCACAGCGCUUCGGAGGCAGGUCUUCCAAACAGCACCACUCUUCCCGACCUGGCUGACCCCUUCCUGUCCUUCAAAGUGGAUUUGGGACUCUCUCUCCUCGAGGAUGUGCUGCAGACCCUCAGGAAACAGAACCCGAGGGAUUACGCCAUUUGAAGGUAUUCUUUGUCCA